CACUGAACCGUUGCGGAGCUCGGACCUGCUCGGUCGAGCUCAGCCGGUCUGGUCUCAUCAUCACCGGGCUGAGGGACAAAGGACUGACCGACCAUGGAGCUCUCCAGCCGGGACACUCACUUUUUCCACUAUAUCUCCACCUCCACCCCCCUCCUGAUGGCAGAUGUUUUUAUGGACAAUAAAGGGUUUAAAGUUUAAAGCCUCCAGCAGCAGGACGGAAGCUGAAGCUGUUUCCUCCCCCACACACACACACCAGCUGCAGCCGAUAAGCAGGAAGCGUCUCCUUCCGUGAUAGAUGGCCUCUGCGGAGCUGAGAUAACCUCUUCCUCUUUUCUUCACCAAUCACGGCGCUGGAUUCGAUGUAACCAUGGGCUUAUGGCGGGGUCUACGAGUGGCGUUCAUUCUGGGGUCGUUGUUUAUGAUCCUGCUCCUCCUCGUGUACUGGGACGACGUCAGGGGCUUCAGCCUCCACCCGCUGCAGGACCCCAAACACGGGUCGCCUCAGGCUGCAUCUUGUCCUCUGACGACUGCCGGCCCGUCCCUCUCUCCCUCCACCGCCAGAGCCCAGACCAGUUCUUCCUCCACCGUCCCCACCAACGCUUUCAAGACAAAACUCAUCCCUGAGAAGACGAGAUUAGAAGAACAAAAACAGGAGGACAAACGAGAGCAGGAGGAGGAAACAAGGGAGGAGGAUGAGGAGAAGGGAAGGAGUCGUACUUCUGUUGACGUUAGGGAGCAGGAGGCGAGGAAGCAGAGGAUCAAGGAUGUUUGUUCAGGACAGGACGCUGUGGAAUUCCCUGGAAGGACUCGACCAUUUGAGCAGAUCCCCAACAGGGAGCUGGAUCACCUGAUAGUGGACGACACACACCAGAUCAUCUACUGCUACGUUCCCAAGGUAGCGUGCACCAACUGGAAGAGAGUGAUGGUGAUUCUGGCUCAGUCUCUGAUCUCGCCCUCCACAGGAAAACCGUACACUGACCCCAAGGCUGUACCUCCGGAGCUCGUACACAACUCCACUCUUUACCUCACCUUCUCCAAGUUUUGGCAUCAUUACGGUUCUCUGUCCCGCCACCUGAUGGCGCUCAAGCUCCAGCACUACACCAAGUUCCUGUUUGUACGAGACCCGUUUGUGCGUCUCAUCUCUGCCUUCAGGAACAAGUUUGGAAGCCCCAACCAGGAAUUCUACAAGCAGUUUGGUUCGGUCAUGCUGCGUCGUUAUGGUAACGUCUCCGGGACUCUGCCGGAGACAGUGGCCGAGGCGUUUGCCGCAGGAAUCAAACCGACGUUUGAGCAGUUUGUAGAGUACCUGCAGGAUCCAGAGACUGAGCAGAAGAGCAUCUUCAACGAACACUGGCGACAGGUGUAUCGUCUGUGCCAUCCGUGCCAGGUCGGGUACGACUUCAUCGGGCGACUGGAAACCCUGGAACCCGACGCCGAGCACCUGCUGAAGCUCCUGAAGGUGGAUCAUCUGUUCCACUUCCCCUCAGGGGCCCGUAACCGAACCGCAGCCAGCUGGGAACAAGACUGGUUUGCACAGAUUCCCAUUACGAUGAGGAGAGAGCUGUACAAGCUGUACGAACCAGACUUUGAGCUGUUUGGUUAUCCCAAACCUGACAGCGUCCUCCAUCAGUGACCCACACCACAGAGCCAAAGGCCUGGGCCCUGCACCGUGUGUAGAGCCCCCUCACUGACCUGCCUUUGACGACCAGUCUACGAUGCUGUUUGUUUCAUUUGUGUUGGACUUACCUCAAGUGACAGAAGUGUUAUUUUGUCAUGAUUUCAUAUCGGAAGCACACCCACGCUUGCAGGCUACAUGCUCCCAGUCUGUCUCCCCAUGUAAAGGCACUUUGAAUAGUAUUUUAUGAAUAGUAUUUUGGUUAGUGGUGGGGAGACGACUGGGACUGGGAGCUGACAUCUCUGAAGGGAAAUGUGCUGCAAAAAAUAAAGUGUUUUUUGUUAAACUUUGA